CAUCGUUCGGCACGCAAGAGGAGCAGCCAUGCCCAGCAUCGUGCUCUUCCGUCGUCGCUGGAUCAUCGCCGACGACGACCUGUACCUGCCGCCGCUCUUGGAGGCCGUCUGCAGGCUCGGAUGGCUGGUGGCGUCCGGCAUGCUCCUCUGGGAGCACCGGCCCCUGUGGAUGUGCGGCGACUCCGACUGGCUCGCGUUCGCCUACCAGCUCGGGGCGCAGGUCUUCUGCCUGCUGGUCAUCGGCUCAGACCUGGCGCUGGCAGCCAUCAACGGCCGAGGAGCCAUCAUCGCGAGCAGCACGCGGAGGGCGCAGAUACCCAUACUCUACGUCAGGAGUUUCAUGCUGCUCGCCGAGGUGGCGUGGCAUGCCCUGGGCACGGCCAAGGUCUUCUUCUACGGGGACUCCUGCGUGCCGCUCGACCUCUGGCGGCAGUUGGAGACGCUGGUGAUCGUGGCCUGGGGCAUCGUAAUCAUGCUGCUGCUGUGCGUGUACGCGCUGUACGACCCGGCCGGAUCGAUCAAGCACAACCCGUUUCGGGACAUCGGGGACGUCGAGGCCAGCCGCGACGUUAGGAAGUUCUUCCUCCGGCCCUCGGACAAAGGGCACCGCCGACGAACGCGCCUGUGGUUUGCAAGACUACGCCGUUUCUUCUGCUGCGCCAGCGACACAGAGGACAGCCCCCAGGCCUAUGAGCACAUGGCCGAGUACGCCGCGUACUUGUUCGAGGACGUCGACAUCACACCAUCGGACAUGUUCUCGGCACUGGUUCUCCUGCGCAAGAAGCAGCGCCGCCAGCUGGCGCGUAUGGGCUCCACUUCCGAGGAGUCCCGGGAGGGGAUGACGGUGCCCUACUACGUCACAGACCCUUCUUUCACUGCACCGGUGGACAAGGCUCCGCGCAGCAACGGCGUGUCGCCCGGUGAGACAGCGACGCCAGCCACAUGGCCAGUGGCCGGUGUGACGUCUACAGGGCCCCAUCCGUGGAUGAACCCCGAGCAGGCGCUGUACUACCUCAAGUUCGCCUGGGGCAUCUACGGCUGGCCGGCGUACAUGGCGUCACACGUAUUGACGGGCCUCUGCGACCUGUGGGGCGGAAUUAGGUGCUGCACGUGCCUUCGCGGCGGCAGCGGCAACGUGUCGGGCGACAACUGCUGCGAGUGCCACGCGGCCACCGUGAAGCACCUGACCCGAGUGCGGCCCGAAGACCUCCUCUUCUCGUCGUUCGCGAACGGCCUGUACCGGGUGCCCUUCUACGUCGCGCUGGACCACCGCACCAACGCCAUCCUGGUGGUGGCACGGGGAACACUGUCGGUCGCCGACGCGCUCACAGACUCCGUGACCGCUGCGGCCAAGAUGCCAGACGGGGUAGGCCUGUGCCACCAGGGCGUGCUCCAGAGCGCCCUGCAGAUCCUGGGUCAGCUGGACGAGCCACUGGCGUAGGCCACGGCCCGCCACCCAAACUACACCCUGGUGCUUACCGGACACAGCCUGGGCGCUGCCGUCGCCUCCGUGCUCGGCAUCCUGCUCAGGCCAAGGUUUCCAAGCUUGCGCUGCUACGCCUUCUCCCCUCCUGGAGGAAUCCUGGACGUGGAAAGGGCCCGUGAGACGCGUGACUUCGUGAUGACCAUCGUCGUGGGAGACGACCUGGUGUGCCGGCUGGGGUUCACCCAGGUGAACAAGUUCAAGCGAGACGUGGUCAGCAGCCUGCUGCAGUGCGACAUGAACAAGAACGUGCUCAACAGGCACGGUCUUGAGGCGCUCUUCUGUUGCCGGCGGCUGACGCCUCCGCUGAAGGACAAGGAGGCCUUCGAGAAGAUCAACGCCCCGAAUGGAAAGCUCGCCGAGGGUCUAAGGCCACGGGACAAGCCGGGAGUCGAACCGGCGUCUCUCGACCUCAUCUUGGACAAAGGAGUUCCCCCGAUAGAAUGGCCCGAGAUGCACAUGCCCGGCAAGAUCCUACACUUCAUCAGGGAAGGAAAGCGAGCAGAGUACCAGAUGUUCUGGACGUCUCCGGAGUACUUCGACCACCUCGUGGUCAGUCCGCGCUGCUUCAAGGACCACAUGCCGGACGUCGUCUACGACGCGCUGCGAAGCGUUUGCACCGUCACGGCACUCUGAUUCUCGUCGUGCCUCAGUUGCGACCAACACGCAGACAAGAAAGAUCAGACUUUCAAGCCAAACGCGUGAUUCACCGAUGCCUCGGACGCAGCGUCAUGUUUCGCGAUGGUGAAGUGAGGAGAACGCCUUGUGUGUGAAAACCAUCUAUAGCGUUGGCGGACAACGUGUGAUCCGUACAUACGGGACCAGCGCAGAAGUUGCUCAUGAUUAGCCAAAGGACUGAGUGUGAAAGCUUCAUCGUUCCGAAGAGAUUCCGAUAUCCUUCCUUCCCUGACCACAACCCCAUGGAUUGUGCCGUCUGUG